AUGAGCGAUGAAAUGACCACAUCUGUGAGUUUUUUUUUUUGAAAACUUGAAAAGUUUGAGUUCCAACGUCCAUAUGAGUACGGCGUUUUUGACGACCCCCCGCCCAGAUUUAUUCCGUAAAGUGUAGUGUGUCGUGUGCAUGCACUGUGGCGCACUCGCACAUGCCGUUUUCAAAGCAAUUUCGAAACGAAGUAAUCUCUGAAUUCAGAUAAGUUUUUCACUUUCUGAGGGCUAUUUUGAGUUUCGUGGAAUCACUUUGAGCACGGGAACAGAAAAAUUGUGUUUUUCAAAAUGUGAAAUCGAUUCGUCUCAUGACCCAUUGAACAUGCGCCUUUAAUAUUCCCUGUUGUUGUUUCCCAUGACGUCACAUGGGAACGACGGAGGUUUUGACCCUUUUCGCAUUUUUCCCCACUAACAAGAACGCCGUAUUGAAUGGAGAAAAUCGGAUAAACGUUGAGAUUUUUUGAAAUUGAGCUCUAUCGAUCCAAAACGAUUUUUCACAUGAGAAAAUUGCUGAUUUUAUUGACCAACUGUUCUUUUUUCUCAGAAAGAGCCAGGAGGACUAUUCGGAUUGAUCGAAAGACUUAUUUGGAAGCCAAAAGAAGCCCGGGAAAACGCGGACAAUGUCUCAGAAGAGGUAUUUUUUCGACUAUGAAUGUGAUUCGUUGGUUAGAUAUCAAAACCGCAUUUGGAAUGGCUCAAUGCUUUGCGGUCGCGCCGCGGUUCGUAUUAUGAGCGCUACCGACGGCUGAAGUCGCUCUCAGUCGGGCGCAUCUUUACGAAAACGCUACGCAGCCGCGACGCGUCGAGCCAUUUCCUUAGCCUCGAUUUUGUAUGGUAACUAUUUUCUUAUACUUUUUUUUUACAGAAACCGUCGUCGAUUCCGGAGCAAGACUCGACAGCGACAAGAACAGUUCCGAGGGCUAUAUCCAGAACUAUAGGCCCUUGGGCCGAAUAUUCAAUCCAAACCAAAAAAGCUGCAAAAGUUAUUGUGGAUGAUGACGACAAAAAAGAUGUCGGAAACCUUCAAAAAGAUAAGAUUCUCAUGAGAAGAGGCGGAUUUAAAAGGGAUUCAAGAAACCGACGAUCUCUCGAAAUAUUGAAACAAGAUCUGGGAGUCUCCGAAAGGAAAGAAGAGCCAGAAUCGACUUCUUCGAAUUGGGAGAAACUAGCCGGAGAGCUUUUGAGUCAACGGGAUGAGUUGCGGAAUCAUUUCGAAUGGCUCAAAACACUGGAGGCAACUCUGUCCGAAAGACUCGCAAAGUUGGAUCAGCGAGAAGAGAAGAUCAGGGAAGAAGAAUCGAGACUCACGAAGUUCGAGUCGGACUUGAAGGUUCGAGAGGAACUGCUGAGAAAAAGAGAGGAAGAACUGUCCAAGGAAGAAGCUCGAAAAAAGCCAAAAAUCGAAGCGGCUUCGAAAGGAAUUCGAGAAGAAUCUGAAGACGUUGAACAGGGCCAUCGGUUUGAAUCUGACUUCAAGAAAAAGUUCAAAAUUAUGAAUGAAGUCCGACGAUCCCAGACCUUCAAUAAAAGGGGUGAAAAGUCCGAAAUCUCCAAUUUGAAGCAUGAAGAAAACUCUGGCGAGGUCAAAAAUCCAUCCGAGAGUUACGUUAGCUUCGUGAAAAAAUUGAGAGCGAAUCAGUUCAAGAAAAUCGAGCAAGAAAAAGAGAAACGGGAAUUUUCUAGCCAGGAGGUAGAAAAAGGAGCUUCAAGCCUUGUUUUGGAAGUUGGCGGUAAAUCUGAUGAGGGAAAGGAAAAUCCUCAAAGGGCUUCAGAAUUCAGAAAAGAAAUAAGCGAGAGAAUCAAAGCCCGGCAACUUCGGAAGGCUGAAAAAGAAAGAAAGAAUUCUGAAAGUGAAAAUCCAGCUCCUCAAGUUGUGCUGGAAGAUGGAGAAUUGGAAAAACCUGAAGCUUCCUCCCAAGAAGAAGCAGUGAAAAAACAGUCAGAAGCCGAUAAUUCCAGAGAAGAGCACGAAAAAAGGAUGGCCGAAAUGAGGCUGAGGUUUCAAGAAGAAGAAGCUGAACGAGCGCGAAAGCGACAGGAGAGAAGUCGCGUGCUGGAGGAGCUGGAGGAGGAAGGACGGCGAAUCGACCGAGAAUUCGCCGAAAAAAUGGCCAAGAUCUCCGGAGGAAACUCAGAAAGGAGUACUGAAGAAAUCGGAGAGAGGGAGACUAUAAAAUCAAAGGAAUCUGAAGCAGAGGAAUCAAAGUCGGAAACCUGCAAUUUUAUCCCAGAAGACCCAGGAAAAAGUCUAGGAGACACUGCAGAAGUGAAAAAAGAACCUGAAGACGUCAAAAAGGCUCAAAUUGAAGUUCAACAGCUCCCUGAGUUUGACGGAAAAACAAUCUUUGAGUUGAAAUCAGAAAAAGGAUCAGAGAUUCGUAAUCCCGCCGAACACGUCAAAGAAAAGUCUGGGGACGUCGAAACUCGAAAAAAUGGUGGAAAAGAAGUCCGACAGCUCCAGAAGGCUGAAAUCAGUGGAAAAGACCUUGAUGAGACCAUUUUAACAACGCAAAAUCAUGCAAGUCAAGUUGAAGAAGAAGUCCGACAGCUCCAGAAAGCUAGAAUUGAGAAAGAAGCCGUUGAAGAGAGCAACCUGAACCCCGAAGAAGGAGGAUCAACUACGAGGAAAGAAUCUGGAGCCCAAGAAGGCGUCGAAAAGAAGAAGAAGAAGAGCGUUAAGAAAGCUCAAAAGUUGAAGAAGGCUGAAAAGGAACAAGAAGUUGUUCCAAUGUCUUCAGAAAAGGUUGAAGAUACAAAAUCUGAAGUACAGAACCUUCAAAAAGAAGCUGCCGUUGACAAAGUAGAAGAACUUCAACUUCAAAAUUUCGACAUGUCUGAACUAGAAACCGCUCAUCAGAAUUUGAAAAAGCACAUCGAUCACGCCGGUUCUCAUGUGAGUUAUUUGAGAAAUAUUCGAUUAUUAUAUUAUAUUUCAGAUCCGAUUAAUGCGCAGAGCUCCAAGCCAUUGUAUCGAAGACGGCAAAAAGGAAUUGAAAGUUUGUAGCUACCGUAAUCUCCGGACCUUUCAAUCUUUCGUUUUAAGAAGCGCCUCAAAAUCGCCUCUGACGAGUGUUCCCGACUAAUUUCUUUCUAUUCAAAAGUCGCUGAAAUUUUGAAUGACGAACCUUCUUUUCGAAUUACCACGGUUUGAUAUACUUUAGAAACACGUCGGCCGCGUGGGAAAUGGCUUGACGCGUUGCGGUUGCGAAGCGGUCGAAAAAAUCAUCAGAAAGGGCUCCAUAGAAAUGUUUCUUUUAGGGUGACCUUUUUGCGUCAUUUUCUCGACCCUUAUGCACCAUUUUUGCUACCUCUCCCUUUUUCCACCAUUUCUCGAGACUUUAAAAUCUCAGAAAAAUGGAAGGCUCGAUAAAGGAACACUUUUUGCUACCUUUUUGCACCCUUUUUGCACCCUUUUUGCACCCUUUUUGCACCCUUUUUGCUGCCUUUUUGCACCCUUUUUGCACCCUUUUUGCUGCCUUUUUGCACCCUUUUUGCACCCUUUUUGCAGCCUUUUUGCACCCUUUUUGCUGCCUUUUUGCAGCCUCUCCCUUCCAGCGGCCAUUACCCACCAUUCAGACAUUGCCCGAGAUUGAACAGCAGCGCGACCGCAACGCAUAGAGCCAUUCCACGUGCGGCCAUAAAGUCUUACGAAAUGUUUAAAAGAAGUUCUUUUUCAGGCUACAGUUCGCAAUCUCUUGGAAAUUUCGACAAAAUUGAGGACGUUGCUAAAAAUUGAAGAUUCUUCAACAAUAUUACCGGAUUGGAAUGAAACGAAGGAACUGAUUGGAAAAAUUGCCUUUUUUGCAGAAAGUAUCAAGUGAUGAAGGGAAAACGUGAAAUAAAGGAAUUUUAAUGGAAAUUUUCUUUUUUUGAUGACAAUGUGCAAUGAAAAGAAGCGAUUGAACUGAAAAAGGUCGGAAAAUGUGGAAAAAGGCUUUAUAAAAAUGUUCUUUUUAGGGUAAGAUAGACUCCUUUUUUGCUGCCUUUUUGCGCCAUUUCAUGGGCUCUUAUGCACCUUCUUGCUGUCUCUUUCUUUUUCCACCAUUUCUCGAGCCUUUAAAAUUUCAGAUAGAUGGAAAAAGGGACUCUUUUUGCUGCCUCUUCGCGGCCUCUUUGCGGCCUUUUUGCGGCCUUUUUGCUGCCUUUUUGCACCCUUUUUGCUGCCUUUUUGCUGCCUUUUUUGCUGCCUUUUUUGCUGCCUUUUUUGCUGCCUUUUUGCGGCCUUCUUGCAGCCUCUUUGCGGCCUUUUUGCAGCCUUUUUGCUGCCUUUUUGCGACCUUUUUGCGGCCUUUUUCCUGCCUUUUUGCACCCUUUUUGUUGCCUUUUUGCACCCUUUUUGCUGCCUUUUUCCUGCCUUUUUGCGGCCUUUUUGCUGCCAUUUUGCACUCUCUUUGCUGCCUUUUGCUGCCUCUUUGCCGCCAUUAUCCACCAUUCCGACUUUGCCCGAGAAGUUGUUCAUAAGUCACUGAUGUACAUUUUUCAAGGUAGAGGGGAAUAAAAAAAUUAAAAUUUUUUUUGGCACACAUGAUUUGAAAAUUGAUAAGCAGAAGCUGUUGGAAAAAAACGAGGCAAGCUUCUCAACUUGAAAAAAAUUUUUCUUUCCAAAUUUUUCACACUUUUUUUCUUUUUCAACUUAUCAAGUCAACACCGCGAGGAUCGCAAAAUGUUAUCUUUUUUUCAAGAGUUCUUAUCAAAAAUAAUCUUCCUCUUUCUCUUUUAUAGUUGUGCAGUUUUCUUCCUCAAAAUGUCGAUAUUUUUCUCACUUUUAUCGCGAUUUUUCGGAUGAGGAAUGGCUCAAAAUGAAGUUUCUUGCGCCGGACCAGAAAACGACUUGCGCAAGCAUGACUUUGAAAACAUUUGGCGUAUCUCGUUGAGCCGUUCCUCACUCUAUGAUAACUUUAUUUCGAUUCUGCUAAGCUUAGGAAUUCCAGAGUGGCCCCUAGGCUAUAAGGGCAACCUUAGACCCUUGGAGAUUCCCCUCUAGGGACCAGUUUACCAACCCUAUAAGGGCCACUAAAGAUUGCAAAAAUGACCUCUAUAGGGACCAUGCUGGUCGAUAAUUGUUAUGAACUCUUUGUGAAGAAGCAUUUCCAUGCGAAAAACUAAAUAUUUGAGCGUUUUUUGAAUGAGUUGAAAGACCUCUAUAGGGACCACUUGAGCUUUAUUGGCUAAGGGGUCAGACCCUAAACCUCUAUAGGGACAUUUUUUAUUUGACUCCUAUAGAGGCCGAAAAAGUGGUCCAUAUAGGGGAAAAAACACUUGCGAAAACUCUUUUUUUCAGGAACUUUCAAAAAAGCGCUCAUUGACAAAGGCUUCUGGGACUGUGGAGCUGAAGAAAAGGUAUGUGGUAAUUUUUUAAUUCGGAAAAUAUUUAUUUUAAUUUCAAAUAAAAUCUUAUGAGUUCAGAGCAUCUAGAAAGUUCAUGAGGCGGGAAGUUCUCGGGUAAACGUGCUCUAGCGAGAAAAAAAAAACCAGUAAUGGGUUUUUUAUUGAUUUUUCGAGUGGAAAGAGAUCUGAAAAGCGGGAUAGUUCUUUUUUGAAGGACGGAGGCAAAGUAGAAAAGGGUGGAAAAAGGCUCCUUUUUGCUGCCUUUUUGCACCAGUCCCCCGGCUCUUAAGCACCUUUUUUGAAGUCUUUCCCUUUUUCCACCAUUUCUUGAGCCUUUAAAAUUUCAGAAAAAUGGAAGGCUCGAUGCAGGGACUCUUUCUGCUGCCUUUUUGCUGCGUUUUUGGAGCCUUUUUGCAGCCUUUUUGCACCCUUUUUGCUGCCGUUUUUGGAGCCUUUUUGCAGCCUUUUUGCGGCCUGUUUGCGGCCUUCUUGCUGUCUUUUUGCAGCCUUUUUGCAGCCUUUUUUGAGCUUCUCCUUUCUAGCGGCCACUAUCCACCAUUCCGACUUUGCCCGAGUAUGCAUCUUUGGGUUUCAAAAAAAAAGGAAAAUUUCAUUAUUCCUCUCGAGGUGAAAAACACCUUUUUGCGUUCUGUUAGACUUCUAAAUCUGAGAAAACACUCGGAAGAGGUUUAAUAAUGAAUAGUAGGAUUUUUGGUUUCAGAUGGGCUUGGAGGACGAAUUCAACGCCCUUUCGAUGAGUCAACGAGAAAGCGCCCUCGGAAUAGUAAUCAGACGACUUGAGGAAAGGUCACGGGUGCAAGAAGAAAAUGAAAAACGAUUGGAAAGACGAUCAGCAGAACUGGAUAAGAAAGAACUAUAUUUGAAACGAAUGGAAUUGUUCGUAAGGGAAGACCUAAAUCAGCAAGAAGGUUUUCUGAACGUUCGGGAAGGAUCAAUCACGAAAACGCGUGAGCAUUUGGAGGAACUGUCGAAAUCGCUCAACGAAAGAGAAACACGUUUGAGCGAAAAAGAGAGAAGGAACGAGGACUUUAAACGGAAAUUGGGCGAAAAGACGCAAGAGUUGGGCCGAAAAGAAGCGCUUCUCCUUCAAGAAGGAGAACUCCUCAGGGUCAGACAGAACAAUUUGGAAAAUAAAGAAGGUUCAUUGAAAGAAAAGCAAACGUCUAUGGGAUUUCUUCGAAGAAAUGCCGAGAAAGAAGCUCUCAACACUCGUCAACCCACGUUGAAAGAUCGAGUGGAGGAAAUGACUGAAAAACUGCAACAAGAAGGGUUUGAGAACCAGAGAAAAAGAGAAGUUUUAAAGGAGCAACAAAAACUUCUUGAUUUGGAGAAAGAUGAACUACAAGCUAUGAAGAAGUCUUCGCGACAGUUCCACGAAGCUUUGGUACAAAAAGAAGAAGAGCAGACAAAUGAGAGAGAUACCUUGAAUCGGCGAUCCUCGAUGGUUACAAAACAAGAAGCUGAACUGAGGGAGAAAUCUGAAUCUCAACAGAAGCAGCUUGCUCAAGAAAGAGAGAAAAUAGAAAUCGAACUCGAGGCGGAAAAGGAAAAACUGUCCAAAGAGCUUGACGAGUUGGAAAAGACGCUGAAUGACCGCGGAGAGAAACUCGAUAAAGACAAGUUGAAAUAUCAGAGAGAUUUCGAGGAUCUGGAAAAACGAGAGAAGAAGCUCGUAAAAGACAGGAAGAAGCUGCAAGAUGAUAGGAAAACUCUGGAAAAGUUGAAGGAAGAACUGGACCGAGAAAAGAAAGAAUUGGUGAAUGAACAAAAUCAGCUGAAAUCUAAGGAAAAAGACUUCCUGGAGAAGAAAGCUGAGCAAGAAAAGACGCUGAAGGAAAUGACUGAAAAACUGCAACAAGAAGGGUUGGAGAACCAGAGAAAAAGAGAAGUUUUAAAGGAGCAACAAAAACUUCUUGAUUUGGAGAAAGAUGAACUACAAGCUAUGAAGAAGUCUUCGCGACAGUUCCACGAAGCUCUGGUACAAAAAGAAGAAGAGCAGACAAAAAAAGAAAGAAGCCUGGAGAAGGAGAAGAAAAAACUGUCAGAUGACCGCGAAAAGUUGACUACUUUUGAAGGAGACCUCAAAAAUGAAGAGGCUAGACUAGAAGACUUGAAAAAGACUCUGGAUGAACGCACCGGUCAAGUAAAGAGGGACGGCCAAUGUAGCGUGGAAAAAGCUGAACUGGCAGAAAAAUCUGAAUCUCAACUGAAGCUGCUUGCUCGAAAAAGAGAGAAACUAUCAAAAAUUGAAAUUGAACUCGAGGCGGAAAAGAAAAAACUGUCCGAAGAGCGUGACGAGUUGGAAAAGAAAGAAAAUUUCCUGAAAGAAUCGGAAAUAAUUUUCAAAAGUAAGGAAGCCGAGCUGAUCGAGGAGAAAACCAGAAUGUCAGAAGAACGCGAAAAGUUGACCCCUGAACAAGGAUUGAAAGAGAAGCUGGAAGCUAAGAAGAAGUCUCUGCGACAGUUGCACGAAGCUCUGGUUCGAAAAGAAGAAGAGCAGACAGAGAAAGAAAGAAUCCUAGAAGAGGAGAAGAAAAAACUGUCAAAAGAACGUGAGAAGUUGACUAAUUGGGAAGGAGACCUCAAAAAUGUAGAAGCUAGACAAGAAAAAGUGAAAAAAGUUACUGGACGAGUGAAGGAAGAUCAAAUGAAGGAAGACGGUCAAAGGAGCCUCGAAAAAGCUGAAUCCUUGAGAAACCAGGAGCAACGGCUCGCCGAAGAUAGAGAGAAUCUGUUACUGGAAAUUGCGAGGAUCGAAAAGGACAGCGAAAACGUGAAGAACCGUUACGCUGCUGUCAAAAAACUGUUCACUGGUGCCAUGAAAAAAAGCGCAGAGGACGAGGCGAAGGAAGAUGAAAUCCGACGGCAGAAGGCCGAUUUGGAGCUGGAAAAGGUCGCGAUUCUCGAAGCAUUUCGACAGCGAACUCUGAGAAGAGAAGAAGAGGGCUUGAGGCAAAAAGUCGGAGGGCGAGUUCAAGAUUGGGAAGAGACUCUUGAAGGAGACCAAGCCGGAGAAGCGAAGGAGCAGGAGGCUCGAACGGAAGGAAAUUCGAUGGGCGAGGUGAUCAGUUCUGAGCUUACUAAAGUGAGAUGCUCUACCCUGGAUCUGCUCCAAUGUCUCGAAGAUGUCGACUCUCUGGUGAGGCAGUUUUGAAACCCUUCUACUUUUCCCAAAUUUCAGAUCAAGUCGACUCCCGGGGCAUCCAAAGGCCACCAAUUCGAAAUCUUUCAAAAAGCGGCCAGAGUUUGAUGUUCAUUUUUACAAGUUUACAACAAUUUUCUCAGAAAAAGGUCAGAUCGACCUUAGAAGAAAGCUCAAAACUAGUGACGAUCUACUCAAACGCCGCAGAAAAAUUGGGCAGUUUUUCAUUGCAAAAUGGAUCUGCCGUCCUGAAAAAUAUUGAGGUGAAGCGGGACUAUCUCAAAAAAAAAAAGAAGUUUUCCAGAUAAAAAUUCACGAUCUUUUGGAAACCGCCAAGGGUUUGAAGCAACUACUGGAGUGGUCAGACUUUGCGGGAGAAUAUUCCAACUGGGACCAUGUGCAGUUUCUGAUGAAUCGUUUGGAAAAGGAAUCGGAAAGCAUUUCUCUUCCCACAGACCUCCGUUUUGAAUAA